AUGCCUCGCCAAUUCUUCGUCGGUGGUAACUUCAAGAUGAACGGUACUGCCGACAGCAUUACCUCCAUCAUCAAGAACCUCAACGACGCCAAGCUCGAUUCCUCCUCCGAGGUCGUCAUCUCCCCGCCCGCCCUCUACCUCCUCCUCGCCCGGGAGGUCGCCAACUCCAACAUCGGCGUCGCCGCUCAGAACGUCUUCGACAAGCCCAACGGUGCCUUCACCGGUGAAAUCUCCGUUGAGCAGCUCCGUGAUGCCAAGAUCGACUGGACCCUCAUCGGACACAGCGAGCGUCGUGUGAUUCUGAAGGAGUCUGACGAGUUCAUCGCCCGCAAGGUCAAGGCCGCCAUUGACGGCGGCGUUAGCGUCAUCUUCUGCAUCGGUGAGACUCUUGAGGAGCGCGAGGCUGGCAAGACCAUCGACGUCGUCACCCGCCAGCUCAACGCCGUCGCCAAGGAGCUCUCCAAGGAGCAGUGGGCCAAGGUUGUCAUCGCCUACGAGCCCGUCUGGGCCAUCGGUACCGGCAAGGUCGCGACCACCGAGCAGGCUCAGGAGGUCCAUGCCGCCAUUCGCAAGUGGCUCACCGAGACCAUCUCCCCCGAGGUCUCCGACAACACCCGCAUCAUCUACGGUGGUUCCGUCAGCGAGAAGAACUGCCGCGAGCUGGCCAAGCAGCCCGAUGUCGAUGGUUUCCUCGUUGGCGGUGCCAGCUUGAAGCCUGCCUUCGUCGACAUCAUCAACGCUCGUCUGUAA